CUCGCCUGGCCUCGUCGGCCUUUCCCAUUACAUUCGUUGCUAUUGGAUGCUUCAGACCGCCAGAUUCAUAACGAUUUGGCGCUAAGGCAAGGACGUUGAUCGCACAUCCACGUGCUUUGCACUACCUGACCAGCAAAAUCACGAACACUGAUACUGUCUCUCUCGUCGUCAUACGGACUGGUUGUGAAGAAAGAGAGGGAGAGUGUGGUUUAAGUCUUGCCAUCAAGCUUCGCCAUCAAGCUUUGCCGAGAGAUUUUAGUGGGUGCAAAAGCCAUACCUACGUCACGGUCGUCCAAAAAAGGGUCCGUUCACAGCCAGCCAUGCCGACGCUCGCUAUCAACAACUUCAACAUUGUGUGCGCCACUUUGGGCGGCUUCAUCACACUCUUUGGGUUGGUGAGUUACUUGAUGAAGGAGAAGUUUCAUCUGAGUGAAGCGUUAAUAUCACUUGUUGCGGGCAUUAUUUUCUCGCCUCAUGGCACGAAUUGGAUUAGACCAGGGGAUUACGCACUGAAUAGCGAACACACGCUCGAUACCAUCACGCUCUACUUUACACGUCUGGUGCUGGGCGUGCAACUUGUACUCGCAGGCGUACAGUUACCCUCUAAAUACCUAAAGAAGGAAUGGAAGAGUUUGUCACUCUUACUCGGUCCGGCUAUGACAGUCAUGUGGAUUGUGACCAGUCUCAUCGUUUUCGCCUUAGUCCCGCAUAUUAGUUUCCUACAGGCCCUCGCGGUAGGCGCUUGUGUUACCCCUACCGACCCCGUUCUCUCGAAUUCGAUUGUCAAGGGCAAAUUUGCGGAUGCGAAUAUUCCCAAAGAACUCCAGAAAAUUAUCGUAGCAGAAUCUGGGGCGAAUGAUGGGUUGGGGUAUCCGUUUUUGUUUUUGCCGCUGUAUCUCAUUCAACAUAUUGGACAUGGCGGGUUGGGUUCGGAUAAUAGCACGAAGGUCGCGAUGGGCCUAUGGUUUGGGGAGACGUGGGGGUAUACAAUUUUGCUGAGUGUGGUUUAUGGGGCUGCGGUCGGGUGGAUUGCGAAGGAGUUGCUGCAUUGGGCUGAGGAGAGGAAGUAUGUGGAUCGGGAGAGCUUUUUGGUUUUUGCGAUUACAUUGGCGCUCUUUAUUGUCGGCACGGUCGGAAUGAUCGGUAGUGAUGACGUCCUUGCAUGCUUCAUUGCCGGCAACGUAUUCACCUGGGACGACUGGUUCCGUCUCGAAACUAUGGACGACUCUUUUCAACCCACCAUUGACAUGCUACUCAACGUCUCCGUCUUCAUCUGGCUCGGCGCAGUCUGUCCCUGGGAACUUUUCGCCAACUCCCCUGUCAUUCCUAUCUACCGCCUCAUUUUUCUGGGAAUUCUCGUCUUGCUAUUCCGCCGUCUACCAAUCGUAUUCGCAUUGCACAAGCAGAUCCACCAGAUUGAGCAAAGGCGACAGGCGUUGUUUGUGGGCUUCUUCGGUCCCAUUGGCGUCAGUGCAAUUUUUUAUCUCUACAUCAGUCUCGAGUUUCUAGAGACUAUCGUUGUUGAUGGCGAGGUCAGGGAAGAUGCUAAGUAUCUGAUGGAAGUCAUAAAAGUGGUGGUUUGGUUCUUGGUCAUCUGUUCAGUGAUUGUCCACGGCCUCUCCAUUCCAAUGGGUAAACUAGGUCUACAUCUCCCCCGCACCCUCAGCACCGCUUUAUCCUUUGGCCGCACCAACUCCUCUGGCCCCAACGAUUCACGACCUUCCCUCCAGGUCCCCAACUACGGAACCACCACUACAGAUGCCGACACACGUAUCAAUCGUGGUCCAGGCUUUUCACGCAGCUUGAGCGCUUCGCUGCCUAGCCGUGUAGUCAGAAUCGGCAGGAGUCUUAUCAGGAGCGGGACAAAUACGCCAAACGUAUCCAGACCGCCUAGUAUCUGUCGACCGGAAAACCGGCCGGCGGUGCCGCUGGGUGAUGUAAGUCUUGCGGGAAGUACUCAUCAGGAGGAUGACCAGUCUAGUGGUGUUAAGGCGGGGGAUGAUGAUGCACUUGAGGAACGGGUUAUUCCUGGACGUACGAUUAGGUUUCACGAUGAGCAGGUGACGGUGGGUGGAAACAGACGCGAGACUACGAAUGAGGAGUGAUGAGAGCUUGAUUUUGUUGCUUGCAUAUCGACUAUAUACUUGCAUUUGGAUUGGAUUAGCGUAAGACCGGAAUACAUUUUGACAAAGAUAGUUCCAUAUAUCUAGAGAAGAGAAUGUAUAUAAGAUCGAACAAACACUCACACCACGCCAACAGCCCCCUUCUCACCCCCCUCUCUCGCUGCAAUCUCCUCAACCUUUACCACCUUCCCCUCCCUCACACUCUUUUCCAACUCCCCCCUACU